UCAUGUGAUUUAACUUAUGACAGUGGGAGCAGGCUUCGACUACAGACAUCACUUUGUUGUAUAUUGGAUAUUUCUGACAUGAAACAAACCUAACUGCGGAGUUGUGGACCUUUAACAUGCAUUUAUUAAACACGUAUUGAGAUAUUAUAACUAACGUUAUUCUGUUCGGAUACAACUAAUAUAACAAUGGCGGAAGUGGAGGACCAGGGCAGAAAACAAAGUGAGGAAUUCACAGAUGAGUCUGAGGAGGAGGACAGCGAGGAGGAGCCCAAGCUGAAGUAUGAGAGGCUCUCCAAUGGGGUGACAGAAAUCCUCCAGAAUGAUGCAGCCAGCUGUAUGACCGUCCAUGACAAGUUUCUUGCCCUAGGUACCCAUUUUGGAAAGGUCUUCCUGCUGGACAUCCAAGGAAAUGUAACCCAGAAGUUUGAAAUUAGUUCAGUGAAGAUCAACCAGAUCAGUCUGGAUGAAAGUGGAGAGCAUGUGGGCAUCUGCUCCGAGGAUGGGAAGGUGCAAGUGUUCGGCCUCUAUACAAGAGAGGGCUUCCAUGAGAACUUUGACUGUCCCAUCAAAGUGGUGGCGUUACAUCCUCAGUUCACCAGAUCAAACUACAAACAGUUUGUCACUGGGGGCAACAAGCUGCUUCUGUAUGAAAGAAACUGGUUGAAUCGCUGGAAGACCUCUGUUCUACAUGAAGGCGAGGGUUCAAUCACUAAUAUCCAGUGGAGAGUUAACCUCAUUGCGUGGGCCAACAAUGUGGGAGUUAAAAUCUACGAUAUCGGUACAAAACAGCGGAUCACAAAUGUGCUGCGGGAUAAUGUCAGUCUGAGGCCUGACAUGUACCCCUGCAGCCUGUGUUGGAAAGACAACGCCACUCUCAUUGUUGGCUGGGGAACUUCCAUUAAGAUUUGCGUUGUGAAAGAGCGAAAUCCUACUGAAAUGAGAGAUCUGCCCAGUCGUUAUGUGGAAAUAGUGUCUGCGUUUGAGACUGAGUUUUUCAUCAGUGGUCUGGCGCCGCUGGCUGAUCAGCUUGUCACCCUGUUCUUUGUGAAGGAGAACUCUGAUCACAUGGACGAGGAGUUUCGUGCGCGGCCUCGCCUCGACAUCAUCCAGCCUCUCCCUGAGAGCUGUGAGGAGAUUUCUUCAGAUGCGCUGACUGUGCGCCACUUUCAAGACAACGAGUGCAGAGACUACCGCCUCGAGCAUUCUGAGGGAGAGUCGCUCUUCUACAUCAUCAGUCCCAAAGACAUUGUUGUGGCCAAGGAGCGAGACCAAGAUGACCAUAUCGAUUGGCUGCUUGAAAAGAAGAAAUAUGAGGAGGCUCUGAUGGCUGCGGAGAUCAGCUUCAAAAACAUCAAGAGACAUGAUGUUCAGAAAAUCGGGAUGGAUUACAUCAACCACUUAGUGGAGAAAGGAGACUAUGACAGUGCUGCGAGGAAGUGUCAAAAGGUUCUUGGAAAAAACAUGGAACUAUGGGAAAAUGAAGUAUACAGGUUCAAGACCAUCGGACAGUUGAAGGCCAUCAGUCAGUAUUUGCCCAGAGGGGAUCUGCGUCUCAGACCGGCCAUCUAUGAAAUGAUCUUGCAUGAAUUCCUCAAAACUGAUUAUGAGGGUUUUGCCACGCUGAUCCGGGAAUGGCCUGGAGAGCUUUAUAAUAACAUGGCCGUUGUUCAAGCAGUCACCGAUCACCUGAAGAGGGACCCCACUAACAGAACCUUGCUCACCACAUUGGCUGAACUGUACACAUACGACCAGCGGUACGACAGAGCCUUAGAGAUCUACCUGAGACUGAGGCACAAAGAUGUUUACCAGCUGAUCCACAAACACAACCUUUUCCGCUCCAUAGAGGACAAGAUCGUACUCCUCAUGGACUUUGACAAAGAGAAAGCUGUUGACAUGCUUCUCGACAAUGAAGACAAGAUAUCGACAGACAGGGUAGUGGAAGAACUGGCAGACAGGCCUGAGCUUCUGCAUGUGUACCUCCAUAAACUGUUCAAGCGAGACCACCACAAAGGCCAAAAAUACCACGAGAGACAGAUUGUCCUGUAUGCCGAAUACGACCGGCCAAACCUCUUACCUUUCCUGAGAGAUAGCACACACUGCCCGCUUGAAAAGGCUCUUGAGGUUUGUCAACAAAGGAACUUUGUAGAGGAGACUGUCUUCUUGCUCAGCAGGAUGGGGAACUGCAGACGAGCUCUGCAGAUGAUCAUGGAGGAGCUGGAGGAUGUGGACAAGGCCAUAGAGUUUGCUAAAGAGCAGGACGAUGCAGAGCUCUGGGAGGAUCUCAUCUCAUACUCUAUUGACAAACCACCAUUUAUCACUGGCCUCCUUAAUAACAUUGGUACUCAUGUGGAUCCCAUCCUGCUCAUCCAUCGCAUUAAGGAGGGUAUGGAGAUCCCAAACCUCAGAGAUUCACUAGUAAAAAUCCUCCAGGACUACAAUCUACAGAUUCUUCUGAGGGAAGGAUGUAAGAAGAUACUGGUGGCCGACUCCCUCUCCCUGCUCCAGAAGAUGCACCGGACACAGAUGAGAGGAGUCAGGGUCGACGAGGAGAACAUUUGCGAAUCGUGUCUUGCUACCAUAUUACCGUCAGACAUGGCCAAACCCUUCAGCGUGGUGGUGUUUCACUGCAGACACAUGUUUCACAAGGAAUGUUUACCAUCCACAGGAACAGUUCCCGGGGUGCAGUUUUGUAACAUCUGCAGUGCGAAGAAGCGCGGGCCAGGAAGUGGAAUCCUGGAGAUGAAAAAGUAACGGGGGUCUAUGCACUCAAGGUGUUUAUUAUUGAUGCUUUCCCCUUGUGUCAGUGCAUCGAUCAAUGAAUAUCAUUUUCGCUCAGUCACUGAACUUAACCUGAGCUAAAUAUUGCAAAUGCAAAAACAUUUAUAUUGGAUUGUCUCUGUAUAUUUACAUCUAACAACUGUAAAGUGUUGUACUUGUUCUGCUUGCUACUGAUGUGAUUUUUGUGGUGAAAUGUCUGAAAAAUAAAAUCACAUAAAAACUG